AUGAAUACAUCAGCAACAGUACCAGUAUCAGUACCAACGCCACCACAAUCCAAUAGUGGCAAGGAGUGGACGGAUGUUACAAAGACAUGUAUUGUACUAUUCCCAUUCAAUGCCACACACAAGUUCCAAUUGCCAUUGGCUGUUGGUGACCUUGUAAAUAUAUAUGCACAGACUAUUGUGGAUGGCGAACAGGGAUGGUUCAGUGGCGUAUCAGUCGCCACCCAAGAACAUGGCAUCUUCCCACAAUCCUACGUGGCCCAACUACCCAACAACAUUGACGAACUAUCCAUGCCACAUAACGUUCCAAUAUCAACAAAGAUUGGAGCAACUAAUGAACAGAUGGCCAACUGUGCCAUAUUCAAUGAGAUAACAAACACGAUUGUGGAGUGGGCCACGCUACUCAAGUUGUUCUCUCAGAACAAACAACAUAAUGACUUCAAAGUGCUGACUCAGAGGUUAACUCAGCUGAUCCAGUUCCGCACUCAGCUGUUAACAUUGUCCUCAGCCAAGGAUAUAUCAUUCGAGUUAAGAGAUAAGAUAUUGACAGUGAUUGAUGAAGGAAGACAAGAGACUGGAAUGACGGUGGUACUAAGAAAGGAGAUGCAGAACACUCAUUCCAAUGCAACUACAAACCCACGCAAUAGUAAUACACCUCAAUCAUCACUCUCUGCCAGUGACCUAGUACUUGCCGACGCGGAAAACACAGGACUCUAUACCCUAUACACAUUAUAUCAAGAGAAGCGAUCAGGAUCAGUGGACAGGACAUUGGAGAGCAUAAAGAUUGAGGAGAAGAUGGGCGGACAGUCGAGUAGUGGUAAUCUUCAGUCGUUGGCUCCCCCAUCAGUGAUCGUGUCGUCGUCAGUUGGUGGCGGCACAUCACCAAGUAAUAACAACAGCAACACCACCACGCAAGUUGGAAUGGUUGGAUCGCCAUCAAUAUCGCGCAGCGUCAUCUCCAACUCCAGUACAGAUCUCUCGUCACAAACAUUCCAGGCGGGGACAAUCAACAAGACCAGCAAGACGAAUGCCUUUUUCAACUUCAACAGCGUUAGGAUAAAGGGCAAGUCGCAGAUCAACACAUCAUCCGGCGGCAUUGGCCAGUCGAUGUCGAACAGCUCGACCAACCUCACAGUGUCCAGCACAUCGCCGCCUCCCUCGAUGGGCAGUCCGUCGAUCUACUCUUCGUCGCCCUCAUCGUCGCCAUCGAUGUUUUCCAUGUCACAGUCGAUAUCGACCAGCCCAAUGGCUGGUUCGCCCCUCACAGGCAGCCCGCAGCUUAUUGCCAAGGAGCCGUCACAUGCCAGUGGCUUGACGCCUUCAACAUCGCCAGGCGCUUCCUCACCCGGACCAAAGCCCGCGAUUGGCGGCAGAAGCAGUCCAAAUCCAAUGUUAAACAAACCACAUCUAUUACCUACAACGAAGCCUUCGCGACAGGGAUCAUUCCUCGUGGCACAGCAACAAUCUUCAUCUGCCGCAGGUGGACCAAACCAAUCCGAGGCAGCCGCGGCCAAAACAACCACAUCACAGCUCCUAGUCUCACUCAGCAACUUCCUAUAUUCUUCUGGCGAGUAUUUAGAGCUGAUAUUUAGUAUAUAUAAUAAGACGGAUAAUAAGUUCAUCACAGAGAAUUAUUGUGGAAUAGUUCCACCAAGUGGAAUAUUCGUGGAACCAGAUAAUCCUAAUGAGAAGUUGCGAACAGUGUUCAAGGACCUUGAGGCCAAGGACUUGGCCUCAGAGCUAUACCUCGUGGCCAAGAUAUACAAACGCACGUCCAACAUCAACUCCAAAGACCCCAACAACUCUCCGACAAUGACUCGCUCAAAUGCCGCGAUGAUCCCAUCCAUCUCGCUGAGCGCCGUCGCCGCGACCUAUCAUCAAAACUCUGGCAAACAGUUCAAAAAGUACAUUGGUUGUGGCGUCAAGCGACUGGAUCUAGGCGCAGCGAGCACAGAGGCGCCUGUCGAGUUCAUGAUCCAGUUGUACACCAGCGCCAACGAGGCUGCAAUGCCAUCGCUGCACGAGAGCAUCAUCAACGAGGCGUCCAGCAGCUACGAAGCGAUCGUGCGUGCCAAAGGCAUUGUGUGCACGUUUCAGCACUUUGUCUGCGACUAUGCGCAGUUCCUGGGCGCCAACCCGACGUUCCGAAACGUGGCGGCGUCUCUCAAGAUGCAGUUGCCCGAGCUGGUGCUGCCAGGCAACGAUCGAAACGACAUCUACAUUCAGAUUGAGGACGGCGAGUUUGCAGACAAGAACAUCGAGGUGGCCCUCGUGAUCAAGAACGACGCAGGCGUCGUCAUGACCGACUCGAUCAAGUACGCGAAUGGACAGCCCACGACGGCUGAGUACCGCACCAGCAUCCAGACCGCCGGAUCCAACGCCAGCAAUCGCUGGAACGAGACGGUCAAAGUGUGGAUGGCGGCCAAGACACUACCCUCAGCGCACAUGUUCUUCGUGGCGCGCACAUGCUCAGAGAAGCGCGACAAGGAGCGACAGACCAUCGGCUACGGCUUCCUGCGAUUUGUUGGCGACGAUGGAUCGGUGCUCAAGGACGGUGCACAUACCAUCACUCUGGUGCGCUCACCCACGGAAGAUGUGCCCGUGGCCAUCUACCUUCAGUCGCGUGGCGACCUUGACAACUCAGCUGGUGGCGCGGGCGCCAAGGCAUCAUCAAAGAAGACUCAAGACACGAUGCGCAUACGAACGACAUUCGUCUCGACGACUCUGGCGCAGAACCAUCACGUGGUCAACUUGACCAACUGGCAGACCUACAACGGCGAGCUCAGCGCGCUAAUCAAAGACAUCACAUUCCUUGCGCAGCAGGACAUCAUUCGCAACCUCCAAGAGAUCUUUUACAACUUCCUAGCGAUCAUGGACCAACAGCUCAACGACUCGCCGCUGUCAAUGGAAAUCUUCCGCGCGUUCACAUUCAUCAUUGGUGGCCUUGUCGACUCGCGAUCUGUCAACUACCGACCCGCACUUGAUCUCUACGUGUCCAAGUACUUUGGCGCGUCAAUGAAUGCCAGCCUACAGCUGGUGGGCAUUGCAGCCCACACACACCUGUUGCGCUCAGUCGUAAAGAGUCUCGAGAACUUUGAGGACCCAGCCAACACAUCGCGAAUCACCCUCUCGCUCAAGGCACUGGAGUACAUCUUCAAGAUGGUGGUGGCGUCGCGCACUCGCUUCCCCAACAAGGUGGACGCCGAGUACAACAACGAGACAUACCUUGCCAACCUCAAGAGCGUCGUGGACACGCUGUGCGAGAUCAUGGUGUCCAACUCUCCAGCUCUGAUUGGCGCGCAGACGAUUGCGCUUAAGAACUUCGAGGGCAUGUUUGCAGACAUGCGCCGCUUCUUCACGAUCGAGGAGAUGGGUAUCAUCGCGCUCAAGUUCAUGCGCUCAAUCCAGCAUCUCGAGAAGAACAAGCGAUACAACCUGCUAAAGCUGCGUCUGCUGAUCUCGUACAUCAACGGUGACCUCAUGCUCAACAAGGAGACACGUAAACAGCUGCACCCCAUUGUGUUCCAGCUGCUGCUUACUCACUUUGGCAAGUCUUUUGAAGAGACCGACCUCUGUCUGGCCAUCCUAGGACAAGUGUCGGACAUCAUGAUCACCAAGGUAGAGCUGCGUGGAGACGACAAGGACGUCUGGCUAGUGGACAUCAUCUCAUUCUUUGUUCAAAUACUCGAGCUGCUGCAAUUGAUCAAUAAUAGUGUUGGAUGUGCAUUGCCCCCUGCAGACGCGCUGGCUCAAGCCGAUCAGCGAUCAAACUCAAACUCAAGCACCAGCUCACUGGCUGGCGCUACGACCUCUGCCAACCUCCUAGCAAUCGUACAAUUGCUCCCAGAGGACAGCCUCCAUGACCUGCGUCUUAAAAUCUACUCAAUCAUUCUUGGCACUGCCAGGCUUGCCGGCGCGCCUCAAUGGGAGCAGAUCAGCAAGACCCCCACAUCGAGAACCAUGUUCAUUGACUUGUUCACAUCUCUGAGGCUGUUGCUCGAGUCACCCAAGUUCCCCAAGGACUUCUGGGCCUUCAAUGUGUUUGUGUUGAAGACGAUAUUGAGGAUGUCGCGUAUACUAGAGGAUGUCUCGUUCAAUCCGACAAAGAAUGGUGGAGUCCCACUUGACCUAUCCAUGCUACAGUCCUUCUUCUUGCUGACCACUGCAUUCCUCAAUUGCAAAGACCUCCAGACAGAGGUUGGCAAUCCGGCCAAAGCAGUCUUCCUCAAGUCACGUUGUGGAGACGUGCGCAUUGAGAUGUCCCGUGUACUCGAGCGAGUAUGGGCGGCAGUCCCAAUCCAACAACGUGCCUCCUUCAUCGCCAUACUCAUUGAUCCAGUCAUCAGGUUAUUAGUUAGCGAGAUAAUCGACGCCAAGAGAGUAGCAACAAAGAUAUAUUACGAUAUAUUGGAAGGAGAGAUUGUGGCGACAGGUGCAUACUUGGACCUGCUCAAUCGUACUGUGGACACGUUGGUGGAGAGUGGCACAGGUGUCACUGAUGGCCUGGCAUGGCCAGUGGUCACACGUGGCAUGGAUGCACAUCUACCAUUCACUCACAAGACAUUCGCGACAUUCUUCAACUCGCAGUGCAUGCAGAUUGUGUUGGGCAAGUCCACCGAGGACACCAAGAAGAAGGCCGAGCAGUUCAUCAAGGAUAUCAUACAGUUUGUCUCGCUACUGGCCACAUUCAUGGCUGAGAUCAAGAAUCAGGACGACGAGGAGGUGUUCUCCGCCGUGUCCAAGCUCAUCCAGUACUUCAAGGACAAUCGUCGCACCAGCCACUUCAUUCGCUUCGUGAGCAUGUGCAGCAAGAGACACAGUGCCAAUGGCAGCUUUGUAGAGGCCGCUGUUGUAGCAAUGAUGCACGCAUCACUAUACAAGUGGGAUCAUCACAAGGUGAUCGACGCCAUCGUCUGCGACUAUGGUCCCUGUCCAAUUCAGAAGGAGUCUGAGCGCAAAGAGGCCCUGUACAAAGAGAUCCUCGCCUUCUACAACAAGGGCAAGGCAUGGGACCUGGCCAUCCCACUCCUCAAAGAGCUAACCCAUCACUACACCAUGAACUACUGUGACAUGGCAGCCACUGCCAACUACUUGAGACAACAAGCGACAUUCAUUCAGAAGCUCAAUGACACUGAGCCUGCAUUAGAGGAGUACUUUAGAGUGGGAUACUAUGGCAAGAGAUAUCCGAUCAAUGUGCAGAACAAGGAGUUUGUGUACAAGGGCAAUGAUGGCGAGAAACUUGCAGACUUCACCGCCAAGCUCACAACAAAGUGGCCCAGGGCUGAACUACUAAAGUCAACAGAGCCACCAAGUCAAUCAAUAAUGGACACUGAUUCACAAUAUAGCUUUGGACCAAAGAGAAGGGUACCGCUGCGUAUUCAACAACUCAAUGCAAGAUGCAACGUCAAUGUGUUUGUACAUGUCAAGCCAGGCUAUAGGAGGCCCGGGGCCAGCGCUGUCAGGCCGGCCAAUGACCUCGAGGACAGUUGGACACUAAACACCUAUCUGGUGUGCGCCACACCCUUCCCCGGCACAGAGCGUCGCUCGCUGGUGGUCGAGCGCCAUCAACAAGAGGUGUCACCCAUUGAGAACGCACUCAACAAUGUUGUGCAGCGCAACGAAGAGCUCAUCUCACAGCUUGACAAGUACACUCAGGCACAGAGCAAUGGAGCUCAAGAGAAUGUCGCCCCACUCACUGCCACGAUCGAGUCCGCCGUCGGCGGCAACACGGCCAAGUACGAGUACUUCCUGUCGCAUAACUAUGUCCAGAAGCAUCCAGAGAGCAAGCAUCUGGUCGAGUGUCUAAAGGUGGCGAUGGACCAGCAGCUGAUCGUGCUGGAGCAGGCGCUGCAUCUGCACGCGCAGCUGCGUCCCGUGGACAUGGCCGCGACACAAGAGCGUCUAGAGUCGAGUUUUGCCGCGAUGAAGAAUGAGCGAGCAUCCUCCAUUAUUAUUUAA